UUAUUGACAGAACUGAAAGAAUCGAUAUGUGAUAUAUCGUAUAUGUAUUCUACGUACAACACGUGUUUAUUCUGUAUUCAAAUUAAUCCAUGACAAGUUGAUCACGUUUUAACUUUAAUAGCAAUUCGCGAACGCAGUGCAAAUGAAAGUGCAGAAAAAAUUUGAAUCGUUAUUUCACUUCGUACAAGAAGUACCGACUUUCGAAUUUUACAAGUUUUGUGUAUUUUCACAAAAACAAGUCAUACUUUUACAUUUUUAUUUUCGAAACUAAUUUUUAUUUGGAACAUAUAAACUUUUGUAAAUACGUGUAGCACGAAUUAGCUUUUAACAAUAAAAUAUCGAUAUCUUAACUGAGCGCCGCUGCUCGGUUCUGGGUGCAAUCAGUUACCGUGAAAGAUGGUUUCAUAUAGCGAGUCAAUGAAAACAAAGAAACAUAUGUGUGCUGCGUAGUUAUACACAUAUAUACGCAUAUAUAUACAUAUGUAUACUGUCUUGAGGCUACAUUAAUCAGACCACCGUAUCCUGUUUCUUUGUUUUCAUCGACGGUUCUCUCCCCGAAACCAGUUUCGCGAACUGGUGGGGAUAGCGUUCGUUUAUGGCGGGAGUUCAGCGCUCAGUUAUGGCGACCUUUACAGGCAUUCGACUACGCCACGUUCGUCAGUUCGUUACUUGAAACCGUUCGAGUAUCAUUGUCGCGAAAAAAUUGAAAUAGAUUUCUUCAACAAAUCUGUCAAAAAAUUUUCAAGUUACUAUUUUUUUCAUAAUGGCAUCCAGUUCUGGCAUGGCAAAAAUAAGCAUGGCCCAACGCUUAGAAAUUCUGGACAAAUUAGAAAAAGGUGUAAGCACCGCUAAUGUCGCUCGCGAGUACGGAAUCAGUGCAGCAACCGUUAGACGUUAUCGACAGAACACGCAGUCGAUACGGCAAUUUGCGUCGGAUGCAAAAAAUUUAAAGAAGAGCAGACGAAGACAGCGCAUAUAUACUGAGAUAGAAAUCAGGUUGUACAAUUGGUUCGUACAGAGGAGAUUACAGGGAGGUGCAUUGAAUGAUCACGUAGUGGUGGAAAAAGCGAAGGAAAUCGCUGUAGAAUGUAAUAAUAUAUACAAUUUCAAAGCGAGCAAGGGCUGGCUAUGGAAUUGGAAGAAAAAAUACGACGUACGCUUCGUGAAGAAUAACGGAGAACCGGUAGAAUCCGAUGAAGACGCCGCAAAUAGUUUCAUGCACGAAUUCGCACAAUUAUUAACAAGUCGAGAGAUUAAUAACGAGGAUAUUUAUAAUAUGGGCGAAUGUGGUCUCCUUUGGAAAUUUCUUCCGCGUAAAAUGCUGAUCCAAAAUGGAGGGCGCGUUCUCACAGACAAAACAAAAAAAGAGAAAGUAACUGUCGGCGUAUGUGCGAACGCUAAUGGCACGCACAAGUUGCCACUGUUAUUUAUACAUAAAUACGCAAACUCUCGGGCACUGAAACAACAUAAACAUACGUUACCCGUGACGUACAAAAACCAGCCUAACGGUUGGAUAAACGAAGAGCUGUUUAGAGAUUGGUACAGCAACGAUUUCAAAACAGCGGUGAGACAACGGCAAUUAGAGCACGGUCGGACAGGAAACGUUGUGCUGUUAAUUAAUAAUUUCAGGAGGCAUAAACUCACGGACAAUGAAACGGACGACGGACAGUUUAAGUUGAUGUUUUUACCUUGUAAUUCCGCGGCGUUAAUUCAGCCGAUGGACCAAGGGAUAAUUACCAAAUUGAAAUUAUUAUUUCGGCAUAAACUGAUUCAGAAAGUACUACAGUGUGGUGAAGGGAUCAAUACAUUUUUCACCAAUUACAACAUGAAACACUGUAUUGAUUUUAUCAGUGAAUCAUGGAAUGAAAUUACACGGGACAGUAUUUUCGACGCUUGGGCGAAGAUUUUGAAGCGUCCGCAGUUGACAAAUACAGAUUGUUCACAACACGAAGGAAACACGGAAUAUUCAAAUAUUGCCUCUGAUAAUAAGACGGAAAUUAGAGAACGGUUUUCAGAAUGUGUCCAAGCGGAAUUAGAUCCUUCCGAGAUAGUGAAAACGGAAAGAAAAGAAGAAGAUGAUGAAAAGAAAGUAAAACAGGAAGAUGAAGACUUUUCGCCUUCUUCGCCAAUGGAGGACACGGAUAUCGAUCUAUUUUUAAGUUUUUUGAGAAAACUAAUGAAAACCGAACCGCGAAUGAAAGAUCACGCGAAAGCAAUAAUAAAUUAUUAUGAUAAAAAAGACUAGUCGAUACUUCUCGUUUCUACGUUUCCUUUGUUAUAAUAAUAAUUAUUAUUAAUCCAUAUUAAUUGUCGAUGACAACUUGUAUUACUUUGUAUUAAUUAUAAUAUUUAUUAUAGAUACUGUACAGUCCGAAUUUUACUACAAAAAUGCCUUGUUUUAACUAAACAAAUUUUAGAAUAAAGACUGAAUUGUUAUAUUCACUGUAUUUUUUUACAACGGUAAUUUAUUAUUGAAGUCUUAUUUACUAGCAGACACAAAUUAGACUAAUUACUAAUUCCAACCACGGUGUGAGAUCGUACAAUAGAUUAGAUAAAAUAAAAGUAUAACUGUUCAUGGAAGGAAUGCGGAUUCCAUUGAUUGUAUCGUAAUAAGGCACACUUCUUUUUAACACAAUUAUAGAAACACUGAUGCACUUUGAAAUGAGUUAUUUCAAGUGAAAUUUUAGGUGGGCUUAAGUAAUUUCGAUAUGCAAACAUUAAUAUUAUUAUUGCUAUAUAACAAUAAACAAAUUACAGCAAGAGAAAAUAUAAAAUUAAAAUUUUUUAAAAUAAUCUAUGACACGAUUUACUUAUUAAAAAACUGAUGAAUUAUUGGUUGUUUUCUCGAAUGCAGCAUGUUCAUUUUCAUGGAAUCUGAUUUAAAAAUUCUGUUAAACUCAAUUCAUCAUACAAAAUUCAUGCAAGAAUAUUCCCUCUACAUACUUGCUCGUUACAACGAAGUUGAAGAAUCUACUAUUCUUUUAUUAACCUAACCGCCAAUCUAUCACUUGCGUAAAGUAUGAUCACUGCACCUACCUGUAUUGUACAUAAGU